AUGAUCAAAUAUGUUUUGAGUGGAUUUCCAUCGAAGCCACUCUCUUCGUCAUCAGUGGAAUAUUACAACGACGAAGCGAUCUAUCGUCAUCUGAAGGACGAUGCAGAUGCGCAAGAACCGAUUGUGGUUGAGAAUGCGUACUCGUUGGGUGCAGUGCAAGAGGAGGAGAAGACCAGUGGACGUAUCUACGAUACGAUCGUUUGCCAACGCUCUUCGAGUCAACGGGAAAUCAAAUUCGCCGAAUACGAUGUCAGUCAGCAUGCUUCACUUAAUCUUAUUCUUGCUUUCAUUCACCAAUUUCUACUCUUAUGA